UUUUGUUCCGCAGCGACAUAUAUAUUAAACGUUCUUUUUUUUUCACAUAUAUAUAACUAGCGUCAUUGCUCCUUGUUUGUUGUGUGAAUUAGAUUAUGUGUGUGCCAAGGAGCUAUAUUGUGUGUAAGAACUAAGCACAAAGCAACAGCAAAACAAUGAGACUGGAGGACAAAAAACGUAUACAUAGGUAUUAUAGUCUCGAUAGUGAAGGUUUUUUAAAUCUAGCACUAGGCAGAAGAAACUAAAGCCCGCCAGCACUAAGUACGAAGCGGCCAUAGCAUGGGUAUACCGCAGUACCUCUCCUGGCUGCAGCGGGCGUUUCCGAAUGCCUUUCAGCAGCACCCGCCCAGGAAGCAAAACCUCCCGGUGGAGCACGUCUACAUUGAUCUGAAUUGUUACUUCCACAAUGUGGUGAAGCGGGCCAACAGUCCGGAGCAGCUAGUCGGGCUGAUCCAACGCGAGAUCGACGGGUUACUAAACAACUUCGCGCCCCAGUAUCUGAAGAGCGUUUUCCUUGCCGUAGAUGGACCGGCGUCCCAGGCAAAAAUGCUUACCCAGCGAAUUCGCAGGAGGUUUCAUUUUCUGCAACGAGACGAUUUUUAAAGUAGACCGAAGACCUGACCUCCUGUACAACUUCGCGUAGUAGAUUCCUGGCUGCACUUUGCGUUUUAGUUUUUUAUUGUCCGUGAUAACAAAUGGAUGCGUUGGCCUUUUUUUGUUGUUUCGACGUUCGCGUGAUGAGCACAGAGUCUUUCUAACCCAUGUCUGCUGACCACAGUAAUGGAGAAAAAAACUUGUCUGCGUGUGUCCUGACCUGUUCCAGUUGUGUACCCUCACCCGUAACGAUUACUCAAAAUACCGGCGAACGAAGCAAGUUCUAGUCCUCGGAAGUUGCAGCUCAACAAUCUGUUGAUGAUCUCGACCUCGUGCUGCAACCCUUCUUGCAUAUCACAUCAUCCUCGCGCACGUGCUGUUUCUGCUGCUGCUGCAACAAAUAAAGAUACCCAACGACCAAAUACACAGGAAAAAGCAGAGCAGCUCAUUGUCCAUCGGCUUGAGUCCCGGAACGACUUUGAUGAGAUUGUUAUGUGAUCGCCUACCAGCAUACUGCGAAAACGUUGCGAAAAAGCGGAAAAUCGAUGUCGUAUUCAGCGACGGGUAAUGGAUUUAUGUUUGAUAUUGAUAGAUUAUUUUUGCAUUUCUGUUUUUCAUUCUGUGCAAUGAAGAGGCUCUUAUUCUUAUUAUAUCUUUCCGCGUUUUAAGCCCGAACUGAACAUACGCAAUUCUUUUCUUCAUCGAAAAUAAAAAAGGUUUGUGCCGGGUGAGGGGGAGCACAAAAUUAUCGAGGCGAUUAUGCGAAACGACAUUCCCACCCGGUCGGGUCACGCCAAGCACUGCGUCGUUGGCUCCGACUCUGACCUGUUUCUCAUCAUGCUAGGUACAACAUCUCUUGAUAUUUUUACAGCUACAAUGUUUGCAUACGAAUCGCCCCCACGACAAGAUCUACAUGACUGAAACGGCACUCCCCGUCCUCCCCCCGACAAGACUACAUUAUUUUUACAAAAAACACUAUCAUCACCGAAGAGCAUUCGCGUUUUUCUUCUAUUUUGAAUCCAUCACACUACAGGGGCUGACGCAAAUUGUGUGUACGUGUGGGACGGCGAUUGUAGACCGGGGCUCGUGUGGACCAGAAACACGAUGCUGAAGGGUAUUUUAAGCGCCUUCCCGCCCAAGGCCCUCCAGUCCAAUUCCGAUGCCGAAAUGGCCAUCCGCACGGAUUUCUCCCUCCUUUCCCUGCUCAAGGGGGACGACUACCUGCCGCCUUUGAUCAGCUUUGAAACCGCCUUCCGGACGUACGACAAGAUCGUGAAACAGGCCUGCCAGACGCAGCCGGUUGCCCAGUGGGCCAUCGUGGCCAAGCGCAACGUCGCCAUUCGCGAUCUGCAAAGCGACGACCAGGACGACUUUAACUUCAUGCGGGACUACGGCGACGCUGCCGACUUGGUGGUCGCCCAGCACUCGUUCCGCCCCACUUUGACGCUCGCGCGGUGCGUCGCCGACGAGAAAAUGAUGCCCGAGUCGCAAUUUCGUUCGGUCUACGGGAAGCCCGCUAAAUUUCCCGAGAACGAAGUGACGGCACUGAAAAACUACUACCGGGGUAUUCUGUGGGUGUUGGACAUCUACCGAAACGGCCGCGCCCUCGACUACCAUUUUGUCUACAAACUGGGCAACGCCAAACUGGACGGCCGGUGGGCGGCCAUGUGGAUGGUGCACCACCAAAACACGGAAUUCACCCAGUUGCGCGGACCCGUCAACAAAAACGACCCCGCAACCGGCGGCGCCAUUUGCCCGACCACAGCGACCCUGUGCCUCAUCCCGGUCUCGAGCCUCAAGGGCGUUUUUACAAAGGAAAACUUCAACGUGAUCGAGGAUUUAGUGCAACCCGACAGCGAAUUUCUCGGGCCGGUGGUCAGCUUCGAGGACGACUCGCAGUUGGACAGACUGAAGAAAACACUGGUCGCAGCGCAGAAGGCCUUCGACGCGAGGACGCAACAAUUGAAGGUUUGAUGUAGUUGUCUUUGGUACUAUUUGUUGGAUCGGAACGCAGACUAGUAUCGUGACUGUGUUUCUUUCCCUACUUACUUAGUUAUUUCCUGCUUUAUCUACAAAAAUAGUACAACAAGCCUCAAGCCUGUGUAGCGAAAGCGUCGACUAGCGUGCUCUACUGCUAACGAGCCAAUUGUGCUGUCGUCUCUUGCAUCUUCUGUAACAGGAUUGUUGAGUAAAUAUUUCCCCCACUAGCACUACUAGCUUUGUACACGUCUACAUCAGGAGCAAAACGUGGAGAAGAAGCACGACAGCGAGUGGAAUAAGCUGAAGCAGGCCCUGGUAACCGCCCAAGGGGCGUACGCGGCCCGGCGUACGGACUUUGUCACCGCGGACAUUGACGACGUGGACGUCUCCCUGUUGGACCAAGAGGUGCGGAGUCGCUUUGUGCGGGGGGAGAACAGCGAGGACCGCGCGUGGCUGUCCGUGUACCAGCAGGGUACGGGUGCGCGUUCCGAAAUUCGCAGUCGGGACGGCGUCCCCGAACUGGUUGUCGAUUACGAUGCGGAGGAGGAGCAAGACGAGCCGAUGGUCAACGUGGACUUGCUCGACAGCGUCAUUAACCUCACCGCGACAUCAGGACCGCCGCCGGGUGCGGCGAAGCUCAAACCGUUCCCGGGUAGAAUGAACCCGCUGCGACCCCUUCCGGGCAAAGCCUCCGACAUUCUCUCCUCGUCGCCGUCGGAAGUUGUAGACGGUCCCGUGGAGCCCAGUCAGAAGCGGGCUAAGACCACAGCUUCUGGGGGAGGUUCAUCUUCCGCGGCCCCGGCGGUUUCAUCUGCAAACAACCCGUUUGCCGCUGGGUGGAGCAGCUCGAAAGGGAAUGAUAACCCGUUCGACCACCAUGUUAACGACCACGACAACGAGGAGGAAAGCUAUCACGACGACCACGACGACGACAUGCAGGAACACGUUCUCGAGACGGUCGGCAAAGACGUUCCGGAGGACGAGGCCGCGCGCAUUCGGGAGCGAAAUCGCUUGCGCAACUUGAAAAACAAAGAAAAGAAGAAACGCAAAAAUGCCGAAAAGCGCGCUCUAGUAGAAGGUGGCGCAGGAGACGUCAGUGUAACUUCCAACCUUGUAGCUCCCUCUGCUGCGCCUAGUACGAGGCGGCUACAGGUUCCGGGGACCACGACGGGACGAGCGCAGGAGUACCAAGUGUCGGAACCGCCACAGCACCAGAGGAACAACCCGUUUGCAUCUUCGGACAACCCCUUCAGGAGGUCGGUGCCGCGAAAUGACGACGCAGAUGACGAGCGCGGACCCCCGAUCAGGCCGCCAGGAGGGGGAAGUAGUACGCUCAAGAGGGGAGCGGCCGCAAUACAACCGGGAGGAAGUGACUAUCAAGACGCCAAAAAAACACGGCUGCAACCACUUCCGGGGCGGGGCGGCCCGCAAGGUGGCGGACCGCAGCAUCAAACCGGUGGGCCAAGUGCGCUAAAGGUUCCACAGGUGAACUACCACCGAGGGGGCGGCUUCGCCCCGAGCCAGCGGACCGAGUCAAGAACAGGUCCUCCGUCCAGAUUGCAGGUUCCCGACCACGCGUCGGGUGGCAACAAAGGCAGCUUGUUCAGUCAACGUGGCCCCCCGCGGCCAAACGGCAAAGACAAUCAGCCUCCAUCGAAGAGAGGCCUGACGCCGUUACCCACAUCUGGUGGCAGACCGCAGGCACCGAGCAACCCGUUCGGUUAAGCACACAGCCGUUCUCGGAAGAACAACAGAUACUUUCUUGAUGUUGUAUCGUGCCCAUGCCGAGCAUUACAGUUUCACUUGUGUGUGGCUUCCGCACAAAAUUUUUGAAGUUAUCCACAGUUUACCGUUAGUUUGUAUCAGCCGUGUAUCUCGUGACAGUGUCAACAGUCG